AUGUCGUUCAAGGCCGACGGUCCCAAAACUCGUCCCGAGCGUGUCAAACGACGUGCCGACCCAACACCAACACCACCAACUUGGUCAACACAAGCCCCGUCUCGACGCUCCUCGACUUCCUCAACCUCCUCGACCACGUCAUUCCACUCGGCCGUCUCGGGCCGGUUCUCGCCCACCUCUGAGACGCGCAUGGUGUCUGCGUCCAAUGGGUUGAAAGCACAGGCAAACGCGCUGUUCGCCCGCGCCGAGUACGUCUCGGCCAUUUCGACCUACGACCGUGCAAUGGCCGAGUUGCCCCGCUAUCUGGACUACGAGAUGGCUGUACUACAGAGCAACAUCGCGGCAUGCCAUUUGAAACUCGAGCAGUGGAAGGACGCCGUCGAAGCGUGUGAGGCGGGGUUGGAAGGUUUGGAGCGCGAGAUGCCGACAAAGACGAGCGAGACAAAGGCAAAGACAAAGACAAAGAAGGACGGAAACGAGAAGCGGACCAAAAACCGAGGCGAGAAGAUCGAUUCAGACACGGAAUCGGACGCGGAGUCGGAAUCGGGUAUAGAUGCAGACUUGGGAUCGAGCCAGCAAAACAGGGACGAAAGGGUCGUCGAACUGCCCUCAUCGCUCGGAGAAGAGGACGUGGCCAAAACCCUCGCCGCGCUGUCUCUUUCGGAUGCCCGUCGUGCGGAUAUCACGAGGAUCCGCGUGAAACUGCUGCUCCGCCGUGCACGCUCGAGGAGUAGUAUGCCGGCGGUGUCUACGUUUGCCUCGUUCGGCUCUAACGAUACUCCUUCCCAUUCGGAUCCGAUCUCAUCAAAGACAUCCAACGGCACAUCCUCGACGUGGUCGACUCUUUCGGCCGCUCUGGAAGAUUACACUCGCUUGCGUGACACACCCGCAUACUGGGCCGCGCUGCCGCCCAGUGAUCGCAAAACCGUGCAGCUUGCGCUGGUUGAAUUGCCGCCCCGGAUCGAGGCCGCGAAACAGCGCGAAGUAAGUGAGAUGAUGGGCAAGCUGAAGGAUCUGGGGAAUACGGUCCUCAAGCCGUUUGGGUUGAGCACGGAUAUGUUCAAGGUGAGUCAGGGAGACGGAGGGGGAUAUAGCUUGAGUUUUGACGGUGGCGGGAAGGGAUAG